AACGAUAACUUCGUCUCACAUCCGGUUUAUCCACAUGGCGAGGUUUUGGGGUUUGUUUAUAAAUACAAACUACGAUUCUGAUAAAUAUCGACAAUGAAUGUUGUUCCCUGUCUGGCGUGGGUGAAAAGAGGUGUUGCAGAAAGGAAUCCACACAAGGUUGAGCUUGACAAACAGGAUUUGAAGAAAGUUAUUCAGGCCACUCGAGAAGAGCUGGAUGAACUGGAGGAUGAAUAUGAUCCAGAAGAUGAAGAAGUGCAAGCCGCGGGAGGCCACAGAAAAAUAAAAGAAGAAGUUGAGGAUACAAGUCAGAAAACAAAAAAGAAAAAGAAAGCCAAAAAACGGAAACAUGAGGAGGAGAAAGAAGAUGAAGAAGUAGAGGAUGAGGACAUUGUUUCCAAAUAUGGCCUGGACGAUUAUGAUGACGAGGGAGAUGAGGAUGCCCUCAUCAGUGGUGUCGGGGGGCUGUCGUUCUACGCCAGUAAUGAAGAAGACCCCUAUGUGACAGUGCCCAAAGAUGUUGACAGUGAUGAAGAAGACUUUGAGAUCAAACCCAUGGACAACUUGGUGCUUGCCGGCAGAGCUCACAAGGACCACUGCUUCCUGGAGGUGUAUGUGUACAACGAGACGCUGGGGAACCUGUUUGUACACCAUGACUACCUUCUGUCUUCCUUCCCCCUGGCGGUCGAGUGGCUUAGCUUCAGCCCAACAGAUUCCUCAACAGGUAACUAUGCCGCUGUGGCCACCAUGGAGCCGGUGAUAGAGAUAUGGAACCUUGAUGUGGUGGAUUGUCUCGAGCCUGCAGCUGUGCUUGGCUCAAAACAGGUCAAAAAGAAGAAGAAACGGCCAGGAGCAGCACAAAGUCAUACAGAAUCCGUGCUGGACUUGUCCUGGAAUUCCGUGGUUGGUAACGUGCUUGCCAGUGCAUCAGCGGACAACACUAUUGCAUUGUGGGAUUUAGCUGAGCAGAAGGUUGUCACUUCAAUCAGACAGCACACGGAUAAGGUACAGGCGAUACAGUGGCACCCGCGGGAGGCACAGACACUCCUGUCUGGGGGCUUCGACCAGACUGCCCGUGUGUACGACUGUCGGAGUCCGGAGGAGAAUCACAAGACCUGGGAAGUGCAGGGUGAAGUGGAGAAGGUGCUAUGGAACAACCAGUCCCCAGUCAACUUCUUCGUGACGACAGAUCAAGGCAUCAUCUACUACAUGGACAUCCGUCACGACAGUAAGCCAGUCUUCACGCUGUCAGCACACUCCGAGGCUGUCACAGGUAUUUGCCUGAGCAGUGCCACAAGGGGGUUGCUGGUGACGACCUCAUCAGACAAGAUGAUGAAGGUUUGGGACAUGGAGUCUGGCAAGCCGUCACUGGUAUUGGAGCGGAACUUGAAGAUGAGUGAGCUGUAUUGUGUUGACAGCUGCCCCGACGCCCCGUUUGUGUUCGCGUUUGGCGGGGAAAAGGAGAUGAAGGUCUGGGACAUCCGGGAAAGUGCAACCGUGAGGAAGCACUUCCACAGUCGUAUGUCUGCGACUCUACAGGCGGAGUGCAAAGGAGACGACAAGGAUUUACCUGACGAACUGGAAGAGGAUAUGAUUGCCAUGGCAACACCAGACAUGGCUGCAGAUGAUGAGGAAGAAGAAAUGAUGAAGGAAUUGGGGGAGACAACAGGCGGGCAGGGGAAGAAGAAGAAGAAGAAAAAGAAGAAGAAACAAAAAAAAGGAAUUCUUGAAUAUUGAUUGUACAUAAUGUAAUAAAUUUAUCAUAUGUAA